CCUCCUUUAUCAUGCAAAGUACUCUUCCAUUCUAUAUAUAGCCCCUACCUCCUCCACCUCCAUUCCCCACUACCACAAAACACCAACAACCAAACAAUUCCAUCCACACUAUAACAAAAAAACCACUCUCUCUUUCUCUCUUUCUCUCUUCUUCUCUCUUCUUUCUUCUCCCAUUCUCGUUAUUUCCCUCGAAACCACAAAAAUGGUAGCUGAGAACCACCCUUCCCCCACAUACUUCAUCCUCUUACUCAUAACCAUCACGCGUUUGAUCUCCACUGUCGGAAAAACCUCCCAAUGGAAGGCUGUUUUACCUGCCGAGCUUGCCGAAGUAGACGAGGAUGUCUUUGACAAGCUCCGAGGAGACUCGGAAGCUCUUCAGGGAAGAGCUUCUAAGGACUACGGCAACAUAGCUCGGGAAGUCCCACUGGCGGUCUUCCACCCGGCGUCGGCGCAGGACAUCGCACGCCUGAUCAAGGCGUCGUACAGGGGGGCUGUCCCCUUCAAGGUGGCGGCGAGGGGACAAGGGCACUCCACGCGGGGGCAGGCGAUGGCACGUGGCGGCGUGGUGGUGGACAUGGCAGGGUUCAGAGAGAGGGGCAGUGGGGUGGGGAUAAGGGUGAGCAACACGGUGGACCCUUCGGUUGGUUACUUUCACUACGCUGAUGUCGGAGGGGAACAACUUUGGAUCGAUGUUCUUCACGCCACGCUCGAGCAUGGACUUGCACCUCUCUCUUGGACUGAUUACUUGUACUUGACAGUGGGAGGAACUCUCUCCAAUGCUGGCAUCAGUGGCCAAACCUUCCGCUUUGGUCCUCAAAUCUCCACUGUUCGUGAAAUGGAUGUCAUCACUGGAAAGGGAGAAUCCGUGACCUGCUCUUCUCAGACAAAUUCGGAGUUGUUUCACGCUGUUCUUGGAGGUUUAGGACAAUUUGGAAUUAUAACAAGGGCAAGAAUUGCUCUUGCUCCAGCUCCCAAGAGGGUUAAAUGGGUUAGACUUUUGUACAAUGAGUUUUCUGAUUUUACAAAAGACCAAGAACAAUUAAUCUCAAUCACUGGAAGGAAACAAAAUAUUGCAGUUGAUUAUGUGGAAGGGUCGUUGCUGAUGCACCAAGGACCCAUAAAUAAUUGGAGAUCUUCUUUCUUCCCUUUAGCCGACCAUGGUCGAAUAAUUUCACUAGUAACUCAACACAGCGUCCUCUAUUGCCUAGAAGUUGCCAAAUAUUAUGAUGGCCAAAGUGAAAACAACGUGGACAAGGAACUCCAAGUUUUACUCCAAGGACUGAGCUACAUCCCUGGAUUUUACUACGAAAAAGAUGUCUCAUACGUUGAGUUCUUGAACAGAGUCCGAGGUGGAGAGUUGAAGCUACAGUCACAGGGACUGUGGGAUGUUCCUCACCCUUGGCUCAAUUUGUUCAUACCAAAAUCUCAAAUCAUGGAUUUUGACUCAGGCGUGUUCAAGAACAUCAUCCUUAAACGAAACAUCACCACAGGACCUGUCUUGGUUUACCCCAUGAACAGAAACAAGUGGGACAAUAGGAUGUCAGCAUCAAUACCAGACGAGGAAAUCUUCUACACAGUUGGGUUUUUGCAUUCAAGUGGGUUUGAUAAUUGGAAGGACUAUGAUACUCAAAAUAAAGAAAUUCUGCAGUUUUGUAAUGAUGCUGGGAUCAAUAUUAAGCAAUAUCUUCCCCACUACCGCACACAAGAAGAUUGGACAAAGCAUUUUGGCCCUAAAUGGAGGACUUUUGUAGAAAGAAAACAGCAGUUUGAUCCUAGAAUGAUUCUAUCACCUGGACAAAGAAUCUUUAACAAUUAAACUAGCUUUUUUAUAAUA